AUGAAAUCACAAAUUAGCGGGCGCCACCUAAUACCAUUAAAAGCUAAAUACUAUUCCCGAAGUAGCCGGUCUUCUUUGGACAAUCAAAUCACUAGAAUGCUAUGCGAAACAUUUGUUUUCUUGAACAUUAUCAUUAGUAUAUUGCUAUUACCUGUACAAGCAUAUACGACACUUCACCAAAAAGAAUACCAAAAAUUACAAGAUACAAAUACAGCUGAAACACUGCUAGAUCCAAAAAACAAAAAUGGUUUACUGGAACCUGUGUUAAAACUGAGAAUUCCAGAUACCCCCGGCUCUUUAGAAGUGCAGGCACACUUUCAAAAAUUCUUUAAUGAUAGAAAUGCCGAUUUAAAUCAAAUUAACAUUAAUCGAGGCAACCCUUCUUUAAACACUAGUACGUGGCAAUUUGAAAUGGACAGCUUCCAAGAAGAUACACCAAGUAUUAAAAACGUGACAUUUACAAAUUUGAUAUUUACAAGAGAUCCUCCUCGUGCGACUGCAGGCUCAACUGGUAGGCUUUCUCUUGUUGCACACUACGACUCCAAGAUUGAACCUAAAGGUUUCAUUGGUGCUAUUGAUAGUGCUUUUCCAUGUGCAUUGAUGAUGUACGUUGUUCAGGCACUUGAUAGUGCUUUAACUGAGUAUUGGGAUAAUAAUAUUGAUUCUGAAACCGGACUACAAAUCAUUUUUUUAGACGGUGAAGAAGCAUAUGUUCAUUGGACUGAUACCGAUUCUACAUAUGGAGCCCGUCAUUUAGCUGAACUUUGGGAAAAACCAUCAUUCACUGUCACAUCACCCAGAAGAUCACAAUUAGAAUCAAUCGAUUUGUUUUUAUUACUUGACCUUCUUGGUACAGAAGAUGCAACUAUUCGAAGUUAUUUUAGAGAUACUGAUUGGCUUCAUGAACAUUUAAACUCCCUUGAAAAGUAUUAUAGAGGGAAUGGCAUUAAAACAAAGAAAAAAGGAGUUACUGGGUCACCAAAAAAAAGAUCUUCUCUUCAGAAAAAACCUUUUUUUCCAAGAAAUGGCGAAUGGUUUCAUCUUGCAUCCUUUCUUUCAGAUGAUCAUUUACCUUUUAUUGCUAGAGGGGUACCAGUUCUCCAUUUAAUUCCACUUCCAUUUCCUAGUGUUUGGCAUAAAAUUGAAGAUGAUGCCGAUCAUCUUGACAAACAGACUAUUUAUGAUUGGUCUUUAAUAAUGACUGCUUUUGUUGCCGAGUAUAUGGAACUAAGUGGAUAUCUAGGAAUUGAAACAACUAGAAGUGAUUUAUGA